UUCUUCGGAUAAUAUAUACAUCUUUAGAAACACAUCGAGAUAGGUGGAUUCUUUAAUUGGAUUUGUCAAUCUUAACUGAAUGACAAUGGUAACAGGACCUACUGAACAUGGAAUACAAGCUGAUGUUAUAUUUGUCAUUGAAGGAACAGCUGUUAAUGGCGCGUACCUCAAUGAUCUUAAAACUAAUUAUCUUAUUCCUACAUUAGAAUAUUUUAGUCAAGGUGGCAUAGAAGAUAGAGAAUAUGUCUCUGAGAAUAGUACAACAUUGUAUGGAAUAGUUGUUUAUCAUGCCGCUGAUUGCUUACCAUCACCUUGUACAGAGACUUUUGGACCUUAUUCAAAUCCUCAGAGGUUAUUGGUGGUCUUGGAUAAACUCGAAAUGGUUGGUGGAAAAGGAGAAUCUUAUGCAAACAUAGGUGAAGGCCUUGCAACGGGAUUACAAUGUUUUGAAGAUUUGCAACUAAGACGAGAGCCAAACACUGCAUCACAAAAACAUUGUAUCUUGAUAUGUAAUUCACCUCCAUAUCAAACUAUGAUUCAAGAAUCUUACAAGUUUGCAGGUCAUACUGUUGAACAAUUAGCUGCUAUCUAUCAAGAGAGAAAUAUUAACAUAUCUAUAUUAUCACCGAGGAAGAUUCCCGCAUUAUACAAGUUAUUUGAAAAGGCUGGAGGUGAUUUACAAUCAUCGCAAACGAAAAAUUAUGCCAAAGAUCCGCGGCAUUUGGUGCUGUUGCGAAAUUACAACUUAAAGGAAAGACCCGUUAGUCCGCAAAUGGGCGGUAAUGUCCACAAUACAACUAACGUGACACAAAUCCCUCUAAGCCCAUUGCAAAGUAAUGACAGUCCGAACACUAAUCAAGUACAGCAGAAUAUCGCUCCGCCGAAUCAGCAGCAAACUCCCUUCAGGAAUCAAACGCCUCAGAAUAUUACGGUCCAUCAGACCGUACCGUCGAGUAUGGCGGCGCCAAUGAACGCACGGCCGUCUUAUAACCCGCAGAUAGCUGCGCCACCGAAUUAUCAUCCGCCGGGAGUGAACAUAGGACCCACGAGAGCCAGAUGGAUGCGACCACCAUUCAUAGCGCCAGGGGCUACCGGGCCUGCAAAUACGCAAGGCAGCGCGCUAAUAGCGCAAUUAACGCAGCCACCUUCGUCGUUAGGGCUUAAUGUAGCCGCAUUUGGUCAAAGAUUAGAUGUAGCUGGCAAUAAUGUUAUGGCUAAUCAACAACAGCAGCAACAGCAGCAACAGCAGCAGCAGCAGCAGCAGCAACUCACACAGCAACAACAACAACUGCGAUUGACGAUGCAGUUACAGCAGCAAAAUGCUCAACAAGCCACCAUGUCCAUGGCCCAACCGACUCACAGCCAACCGGGAUCGCAACUCACUGUGUCUUGCAUUAGCCAAUCAGUGCCCACUCAAGUGUCACAGACUGUGACAGCUUCGCAACAGGCACCAGUCUCAGUGUCUUCCAUUACGCAACAAAUUACUCAUUCUCAAACACAAGGCACUGUGUCUACUGGUACUGUACAAGGUCAACAACUCGUACCACGCGAACGUCAAAACAUCUGGCAAGGCAUCGUGGAAUGGAUCGAAAAGGCCAAAAAUCCUACGGAUGCGCAAAAGCAAACGAGACAUGUUCCAUGUCAAGUCUCAGCUAAUGCAAAGGAUGGAGAACCAGAAUUGAAAGCUGAUACAUGGCCGCCAAAAUUGAUAAUGCAAUUGAUGCCGAAACAAUUGAUAGGAAAUAUUGGUGGUUCUUAUUUAAAGAAUUCUAAAUCCGUUCUUUUCCAUCCGACGCCAUGUGAAGCAUUGGAAUCUUUGACGAAAAUGAUGAGCGCUGGAUUUGCAGGUUGUGUCCACUUCACCUCCGCUCCGUCGAGCCCGGCUUGUGAAAUAAAAGUACUUAUACUUUUGUACACUGCAGAGAAAAAAACAUAUUUAGGUUUUAUCCCGAACGAUCAAACGGCUUUUGUAGACCGUCUUCGCAAAGUGAUACAACAACAGAAAACGUCUCACGCUUCUAUGAGACAAGGACAAGCUAAUCCUGGACAGGGAAAUACGAUUCCUGCACCCAUGCCUACCACAGGUACACAAGGUGGUAUUCUUAUGUCCCAAACGAAUACUAUGGCAAUGGGCGGUGGCCAAAUAACGCAGAACGUUGUGUCUAGUAACGCUCCUCCGCAAACCUUAACUUCAACCAGUGGUCCACAAACUCAAAUGAAUAUGCAGAAUAGCGGGAUAAGUGGUCCACAAGCAAAUACUGGUGCUGGUGGUAUGAUAGGACAACAACGACCUCCAUUUGAUGAUAUAGAGAUGGCUAGGCAUCAAAAUUUAUUGAAAAUUCAACAUCUAAGACAAACGUUAGAGGCUGCACAACAGCAAGAAGCGCAGUAUAAAUCUCAAUUAGAAGUAAAUAUUCAACAAAAUCUAGAAGUGGCCCAACAACAAGAAAUGCAAUAUAAACAACAACUUGAGGCACAACAGGCACAGAGAGGCCUGAAUCAAGCAGCUAUGUCCAACCAACAGGCAAACGCUCAAAGAUUGAUGCGUCCUGUCUCCACUAACAAUCUUGGUCUUAGACAUUUAUUACAACAGCCACAACCUCAGUACAGGCAAGUGUUUGGAGUGCAACAACAAAUGGUAGGUCCAAGGGGACAAAUAGCGGCAAGACCAAUGGCACCUGGUAAUACACAAAAUCAGCAGUUUGAGGAUGUACCGAAUUACGACUUUCUUGGUUGAGCAUUGUGGAUAAGUGUUUCUCAUUUUUUUUUUCUCUUUAAAUUAUCAAUUUUAUCAAUAUUUAAAAAAAUGUACGAGUAUCGCGAUUUUAAUAUUUCGUACAUUUAUAAGAAUAUGUACAAUUGUACAUAGAAAUCUAUAAAGUAAUAUACAAAAAUAUAUACAUGCAUGAAAUAGGCAUACGAGUAUUAGAAUAUUUGGAACAUUGGGAUGGAAUUCCUUGAAUCUGGAUUGUUGCAUGUAACGAUAACCUAUAUGGAUAAUUAUGUACUUAUUUUAAUUGCAAUCUUUAUUAAAUGAUCUAUGUUUCGUACAUUAACAUAAUAUCAGGACGAGGAAGAUGAUAUAUAUUAUCUUUUUUAAGAGGGGAAAGACAAAAAAAGCAUACAGUCGUAGAAAUGUAAUAUCUAUGAUAAUUUUUUGUUGUAUAUAAAUAUAGAAAUUU